CAAUUGCUUCCUGCUCGAAUCCAUCUUUUCUUUUCUUUCCGUCGAGCUCUGGGAGUUCUUUCUCAACACCACUCUCAAUCCCCAUUCCAAUUCCUUCCUCUCUGUGCAAGACAGAAGAAGAGAAAUAGAGAGACAAGACAGGGCUAGUUAAUCAAAAGCAAGCAAGCAGCAAAGCAAAGCAACUGUAUAUACAUUGCUAGUAUUGCCAGCUUCUUUUUUUUCUUAUUAUUCCCCCCUUCACAUCAUGAAGUUUAAUUCAGCUAUUGCCGCUGCCAUUUUGGCAUUCGGCGCCUGUGCCGACGAUGCCUCUAAGGUUGAGAACACAGAGUCAUCUACUUCUGUCGCCGUUGAGAUCCCUACCUUCACCCCUACCACCAUCAAAGCUCCCUUCCUAGAGCAAUUUACCGACGACUGGGAAAAGCGAUGGAAGCCUUCCCACGCCAAGAAGGAUACAAAGGGCCAAGAAGAGGAAUGGGCUUAUGUCGGCGAGUGGGCAGUCGAGGAGCCCUACAAAUACAAAGGUAUUGAGGGUGACAAAGGUCUUGUCGUCAAGAACGCUGCCGCCCACCACGCUAUCUCGGCUAAAUUCCCCAAGAAGAUUGAUCCCAAGGGCAAGGACUUGGUUGUCCAAUACGAAGUAAAGCUCCAGAAGGGUCUCGAAUGCGGUGGUGCUUACUUGAAGCUCCUACGAGACACCAAGUCUCUCCACCAAGAUGAAUUCAGCAACACUACGCCGUAUGUCGUCAUGUUCGGCCCCGACAAGUGCGGUGCUACCAACAAAGUCCACUUCAUCUUCAACCACAAGAACCCCAAGACUGGUGAAUAUGAGGAGAAGCAUCUCCUCGCUGCCCCGCCUGCCACAAUCGAGAAGACCUCGGAACUAUACACCUUGGUCGUUCGCCCCAACAACACUUUCACUGUCAAAAGGGGUGGCGAAAGCGUUCGCGAUGGUAGCCUCUUCGAACAGUUCUCUCCGGCCGUCAACCCUGAGAAGGAGAUUGAUGACCCCAACGACAAGAAGCCCGAGGAUUGGGUUGAUGAGGCCCGUAUCCCCGACCCCGACGCUAAGAAGCCUGAGGAUUGGGAUGAGGAUGCACCGUUCGAAAUUGUCGACGAGGAAGCUACUAAGCCUGAGGACUGGCUUGAGGAUGAACCCCUCACCGUCCCCGACCCUGAGGCCCAGAAGCCCGAAGAUUGGGACGACGAAGAGGACGGCGACUGGGUUCCCCCAACUGUUCCCAACCCCAAGUGUGCUGAUGUCUCUGGAUGUGGCCCCUGGACUAAGCCUUUGAAGAAGAACCCCGACUACAAGGGCAAGUGGACUGCGCCUUACAUUGACAACCCUGCCUACAAGGGUGUCUGGGCUCCACGCAAGAUCAAGAACCCCAACUACUUCGAGGACAAGCACCCUGCUAACCUUGAGCCUAUUGGUGCGAUUGGCUUCGAACUCUGGACUAUGCAAAGUGACAUCCUCUUCGACAACAUCUACAUUGGUCACUCCGAAGCAGACGCAGAGAAGUUCGCUCAGGAGACUUUCUUCAAGAAGUCUGCUGUUGAGAAGGCUCUUCAGGAUGCCGAGAAGCCCAAGACUGAUGACAAGAUCAAGUCACCCUCCGACCUCAAAUUCUUGGAUGACCCCGUCCUCUACGUCAAGGAGAAGCUCGACCUCUUCCUGACCAUCGCUGCGAACGACCCCAUCCAGGCCAUCAAGUUCGUCCCUGAGGUGCCUACUGCCAUUGGCGGUUUGGUUGUCACCCUUGCGGCCCUCGUUGGUAUCUUCACUAUGGGAGGUGCUGCACCAGAGGCUGUUAAGAAGGCUGGUGCGGGUGCCAAGGAGAAGGCCAAGGAUGCCAAGGACAAGACCGCCGAGGCGGUUUCUACUGGUGCUGAAAACGUUAAGGCUGAGGUUAACAAACGUGCUACAAGAAGCCAAUCGUAGGUGAUGGCUUAGGGGGGGAUAAAUUAAAGGCAACGAAGGAAAAAAAAAAAAAACAAUGACUUAUUCCGGCCUUAUGGGGCUGGCUUAGGGGGGUGUGGUGCUCUUUUUUCAAGGCAUGCUUUUGGGACUUCAGAUUUACUUUGCAUGGCGCCGGUGUAUUUUACACAACCCAAUAAAAAUUACCCAACUUGCACAAAUUGCGAUUAGUCACUCUAUGUAGGCCAAUGAUCAGUUCAUUAUUAGUAAAGGUGAGGUCCUUGCACUCGGUAGGGUAUGUAACACCACAGCUGUAUGGAUAUAUUACAAAACGCAAUCUCAGUAACCAGCUCUAGCAUUAAUUCUAUGAAAAUCACAA